GUAUAUGAGGAACUGGUGCUGCCUGAAGUUACAUCAUUGCUGUGAGCAAGUUGGAGCUGUCAAGACUCAAGAUGAAUGUCUCUGAGAAUGCUAGCUCUGAUGAGUAUGAUUUCUGGCAUAUUGAAAAGACGGUGCCGUGUGUCAUAUUGGGGUUAUCCUUUCUUAUUGGAGUCCCUGGAAACCUGCUGGUUAUCUACAUAAUCCUCCGACAUGUGAAGCAGCGCUCUCACACAGUGGUGCUUAUUCUGAAUUUGGCUUUUUCAGACCUAAUGGCCCUGAUCACCCUGCCUGUCUGGAUCUAUGCCUUUGCAGACUCCUGGGUCUUUGGAGAGGCGUUUUGUAAGUUCCUAGUUUACAUCGUCUACAGCAACAUGUAUGCCAGCAUCUUCCUUAUCACAGCUAUGAGCAUUGAACGUUUUGUGGCAGUGAUGUACCCAUUUUCUCUACAAAAUUGGAAGAGAAAGGAUGCUUUACUGAAGGUGGUGGUUAUUAUUUGGAUUUUGGCAUUUUUGUUUAGUAUUCCAGUCAUCCCAGCCCAUGGCCUUGGAGAAGAAUAUGACAGCCUCCAAUGCAAUGUCCGGAACUAUACAUCAGAUGAACAGGAGAUUGUGUGCCUGGUGUUGGAGACAUUGGUUGGAUUCAUCAUUCCUUUCAGCAUCCUCUCCAUCUGCUAUGCUUGUGUGGGAAAGCGAAUCCGGCAAAUGAGUUUCAAAACAAAGCAGAGGUCAACUACUCUCAUCGCCUGUGUGGUCAUUGCUUUUGCUGUUUGCUGGAUCCCCAACCAUGUUUUUAACCUAAUUACAGUGUCAUCCCUAAUGAUUAAGAACUCAUCUAUGGAAACGUCAGAAGCACUCAAAAGUGUUGAAGAAAAAGGGGUCUUCAUUUCAGGAGCCCUGGCUUUUAUAAGCAGUUGUGUCAACCCAAUACUCUAUGUGUUUAUUGCUCGACGGUUCCGUAAAACUCUGAGAGAAACUGGACUAAGGAAACUUUUUACUCAGAUUUCCAUUUCAACUACAAAUGAGGCAACAAAGGAGAUGUCAUUUAUAUCACGGAAAGCAAGCUCCACUCAGAACCACACCAGUUUUUCCAACGCCUCAGACCCUAACCUGUGACCAAAAUGCUGUUAUGAUAUGCUUUAUCAAAGUGGACCAGCAGUCAGUUUGAGAGGCUCAUUAGAUGUCAAUGUACAGUUUUUGGUGUGCAUUGUAGAGGAAGUGAACAAUUUUAAAUUCAAACUAAGUUUUCUGCUUGAUAAAUGAAAAAAGGUAUGAAAUAUUAAGGAAUACUGUAAAUAUGCCAUUGGCAGUGAAACAGGAAAAUUGUCUGAAUUAAUACAUGAAGAAAACUAUCAUUACAUUAGUCUAAUCAUAGUAUUUUCAGUAGUUUUCCAAAAUAAUUUCAUGCUGUCAUUGUUUCAGAUACCUUUUACAUUUUAUAAUUUUGUUUAAAUAAAUACAAUGUACUUAAGGAGCAGUUGGGAUCUUUGGAUGCAAAGUAGUUUCUUAAAUUUUCAUUAUGUAAUAACUAAAACUCUCUUAUAAUCGUUUUGUCUACAUUCAUGACUUUUCAUUUAUAUAUGGUUUGUUUAUCAUAUUAUAUACAAUACACAUAAAAUAAUCCAGUAUGCUGGUUCAGUGUUAGCAUUGUUGCCUUAUAGCUGUAGUCAUGCUGGUUAGAUUCCUGACCUGUUGCUGUCUGUGUGUAGGUUUCAGGAUUUGUCUUUGUUUAAUGUUACUUUCUUUUCCUUUUGCCCCCUACUUUCCUAAACUUUUACAUUUGAGAUUAACUGGUGUUUCUAAAUGUAUGUGUGAAUGUGAGUGAUAUACCAUAUGGUGGACUGAUAUCACAUUCUAGACAUGUUCCUGCCUUCUGCCUGAUACUGCUGGGAUAGGCUGCAGAUCUCCAAAGCUCAUGCACGUUAAUCAUUGUAUUUGUUUACGUGUAAUCAGCCUUAUAUUGUGUGUAUGUGAUAUUAUGUAAAUCUUGUGAUGCUAAAUCCAGUAAAAGAAGUAAUGCAAGU